UUCUGUCUAUUGGUAAGAUUGGCUGGAUGGCAUCCUUUUGUUGAAGAGACAACGGGAAAUAUAUUGGAAGACAAAAUAUUGGAGGCUGCGGUGGAUUGGUCCGAUGAACAUCUAGCGAAUGUCUCGUCCGAGGCGAAAGACUUCGUCAGCCGUCUUUUACAAAAAUAUCCCAGUUCGAGACCAACGGCAGAGUCGUGCCUUCUACAUCCUUGGAUUCGACAGACUAGUCCGAUGACACGCAGUUUGGACACCAAUAAACGUCGAAUGAGGGAAUACAAAAAGUACUACGAAGAACAUGCAGAAUAUCAGAUCAACCUCAAAGGUGAAUUGGCGCUUGCCGAAAUCUCUGCCACUUUAACCAAUCACCGCCUUCCUAACCUGAGAUCAAAUUCAGAACUUGGGAAUUAUAGCGCUUCAGGAUCUACAAUGAGCCCCAUAAACGUGGCUCCUCAGCCUUGCGUAAAUCAUGAAGCUGGAUUCAGCCCGACUGCCCUAAGUAGUCGACAUCGAGCAAGAUAUAGUCCACGCUGUGAACGCAGCGCUAUCAGCGAGGAUCGCGAUCUUCACCAACGCAUCACACAGCUGAGCCUAAUGCCUCCACAACGACCAAUGAGCCCCAGUGGGCUCUCAUCACUGGCCUCUUCAAUGCUCAGACUUGACGAGCUUUCAGCUGUUGACACCGGGCCUUCAGGACUUUUGCCAAGUCGAGGAAGUCGGGACUCACUAUCAUACUUUGGUGGCUCUUUGGCUGGCGGCCACACCCAUAACUCCAGUCUUGAUCGUUCGAGUCUACGUCGCCUUCAUCGCGGACGCUCUGGGGGCCCUAUGGGUUCAGUCGUUGCGACUGCAUCUGGAGGUUCUCCGGGCCCAUAUACCAGUAGCGUCAUAGCUAGCGCCGAGAUUUCGGAACUCGAUGUCGGUCUGCGUUGGGGCAGCGCGCUGGCUACAGAACGUGAGUCUGAGCAAGCUAUGGCCGAACUGAUGCCUGUUGACGAGCGUCUACUGGACCCCGAGGAGCGGAGUUCUAGCCAAACUGCUGCUAGUCUGCCGCGACGAUCUAAAGCAACCGCUCCGGCUUUCUUAAACUGCCUUACUGACGCCUACUUCAGUCCGCUCGUUGGAGUUGCUCGUUUUGCCUGCCAACUUUCUGGACAAGCCGGCAUUCCCCUAUGCUUACCACCGGGUCACGAGUCGGCUCUACAAACGGUAUUCACCGGCAUAGUUGCAAGUGGGCAGGAUGCUUUAAACUUCCCAGAAGGUUUUGCAAACACAGCCAUUGGUGGUGGAGCAGCUGCAGCCGCCUGGUAUCUCGGUGGCUGCCUUCUGUCCGAUGGGCCUGGGGUAGCCUUAGGAGCCGGACCUGGUGGCUGGCUAUGGCUAUAUCUGACUGACCUGGGGCCCGAACGAGUGGGUUCAGUGAUCGAGUGUGUGGUGCGAAACCGAGCCGGGAAGGCACGCACCCAGGCUAGACUCCUACUUGCAGGUACUUUAUCACAACGAUGGGAGGAUUGUGUGAUUCAUGUAGCUUACUUUCUCUUUCUAACACUUCUAUCUGCACGUUAA